UGAUCACGGGAUGCCCGGCCGCCCUACUCAGAUAUCGCCUCUGGUCGCACAAAAACAAAACGGCUUGAAUUCCUAUUGCGCGGCAGAUCAAGGCAGCGCGCAUACGAGAGUGAAGUCAAGUCGCGGUUCGUCUGAUAUUGAGUUAUCGAUCGUAACUGUUUGCCCUACUUGCCUCGAUUACUGUUUUCUUACGGUAAAGGGCUUAGGUCUCCAUCCAUCCGCUUGUUCCAGGGUUUAAGUCUCCAUCUCUCACGGACAGUAACAGGAGCAAAAUGGGGACUCUAUGUCUCGCCCUCCUUCUCGUCAUCGCGUCAGCUGAAAGUAGAAGAACAUUUCCAAAUUGCAACGAUCCGCUAGGCAUGGAAGACAGGACCAUUCCUGAUAAUCACAUCCGAGCCUCAUCCACCCUAGACCCCGAUCAAUAUGGUCCCCACAAAGCCCGUCUCAAUGCGUCUACAGGCUGGUGCUCGUCGAUUCCUAAAGGAAACAAGGAGUUUCUAGAAGUUGACCUUGGCCGGGAUAUGAGAGUAUCUGCUGUGGCUACGCAGGGGGUGUGGGUGCGGAACGCGUCCAGUGGAAGGUUCGAAUACCAUUACAUGUCCAAGUUCUUCUUGUCGUACAAGAGAAGUUAUGACGAGUCUUGGAGAUGGCGACUUUAUAUGGAGAACGAGGUCUCCGUCACGCUUUUCAGCCCUGGUAACCACACGGAUGUUGAGCGCCAUGACUUGCUGUCCCCGCACAUUGCUCGCUAUGUCCGGUUCGUAGCUCAUGAGGGUCACGGAAGCAUGUGGUGCCUCAAGGUCGAGUUGUAUGGCUGCCCUUGGACGGAUCAAGAUGGUCUGGUGUCCUACAGAGUAUCACAGGGUAACGGUAGAUCAGACGGUACCGGCCUUGGAGAUCUGAGAGAUGUGGGUUACGACGGGCGGCGGCUCGCAUACGGAACCAAGAGAGGCGUGUUAUCGGGCGGGCUAGGGCAACUGGUUGAUGGAGUACUAGGGAAGAACGUCCCAUGGAAUGACACAGGAAACCCUGAGUGGAUCUACUGGGUAGGAUGGCGUGACCCGGUCACAGAGAGCCCAAGCGUGACAUUCCAGUUCUCCACCAUGCGCAAAUUCUCGCUCAUCAGGUUUCACGUGAUAAAUCAGGCCGGUGUGGAGAAGCUCCUCUUUGGCAAGGUUGUGAUCUCAUUUAGCGAGGAUGGCGAGUAUUACGCAUGGAAGACUGUUUAUGAGCCGAGUGUUGGUAAAAGAAGAAUGAAGAACCGAGCGUUAUUCCUAGAAGUCGACAUCAGCCCGAACACCGGGAAAUACGUGACAUGUGACUUUAUCUACCAUGGUUGGUGGGUACUGCUCAGCGAAGUACAAAUCGUCUCAGUUCCUAUGGACGACUUAACACUCAGGAAUGACGAUGCAAGAAACCAUACAGCAGUGAAUACUUCCGAGAAGGCACCAAGAGCAAACCACACCCCGACAACGGAUGUGAUAUGGGAAGUUAGAGAGAGUGGCACAAAGAGGAAAGGCUUUAUAAACGAAGCUAUUCUUAUCGCGAGUAUCGUUGGAGGGCUCGCCGCAGCCAUCCUCCUUAUCGCAGCGCUCUGCCUGUACAUUCGUCGCCGCAAGAGGCACACACGAGGACGCAGCGAGUCGGACGAACCACUUAACCCUCUACGAAUCAUCAACCCAAGCAAGAAAAACUCGUUAAAUCGCCGUAAUGAUCCGACAAAUACGCAUGUAGCUGACAAGCUCAAGCAAAUUGAGCAGGAAGAACAAGAGGACGAGGCGGUGUUUGAUAAGCUGAGCAACUGGGAUCGAACCAAGUGCAACGAAUUGCUCAUCAAAAAAAAUGAUAUAACGGCUGCAAAUAUUCGACCCCAGUCACGUGACAUGUCUCUGGAGGAGGAGAAAGCCAAUGUGCUCGCGGAGAUGAGGAAGCUAUGUCCUUAGUUGUGAUGGCGGAGCUCACUUCAUAGUGUUUGUAUGUCGUCAGGGGCGUAGUCAGGGGGGUGGCGUAAGGGGUCCGGGCCCCCCUUUUAACAGCCAAAAAUACAGUAAAUGUAUGAGACAUUAUCUAAAAUACAGGAGAAAAUUCCUUAAAAGUCCCUUUUGGCCCCCUCCUGUUAAAAAUCCUGGCUAUGCCGCUAGUCGUGAUAGUAAAACGAUGUACGCAGGAGUGAUAAUUACCGCUUACUGAUUUUACUGUUUACCGAGAGGUAUUUCCCGAGAGAUUAUUUUUGUUCCACUUGAGUCCUAAUUAUGAUAAGCUCAUUGAUGACAGACGCUCAAAAGAGGGCUGCAAGAUGCAGCUUAUAUUUGGCUUCGGGUUUCUUAUUCUAGCAUCGUUAAGACUAGCUUUGGAAAUUUACAAAUACUAUGUAUUUGCUUCAUUUUGUUGAGCAAGAUCGUAAAGAUGAUCGCUAAUUAGUAAUUGAUUGGCUGAUAGACUUUGCGUGAAUGUACUGCAUAGGAAGAUACAGUGUUGUUUUUCGGUGCAGGUCGACCGUUGCAAGAUUUUCUUUAGGCUUCGCCAGCUGCUUAUAUUAGUAUAAUCAUCUUUGGGGUUCAAGUUCUCUAACGCAUCACAAGUAAGAUCACUUCCAAUAUGAGCACUCAAAAAUCAAAUGUUAUUAGGAACCAAUUUUGAUGACAUCGGAUAGCCUCUGUGUUCUUGUUAGUAAUAGGGGGUCAAGAAAAUUUUAUUUGUAAUGGCGACUUUGAAACCCUUGUCACAGUCCAUGCAACGCCAAACUGGCUUAUGCAACACCAAAAUGGCGCGUGCAACACCAAACUGGCGUAUGCAACACCAAAAUGGCGAUGCAACACCAAAAUGGCGCACGCAACACCAAAAUGGCGAUGCAACACCAAAAUGGCGCACGCAACACCAAAAUGGCGCACGCAACACCAAAAUAGCUUUUGCAACACCAAAAUGGCGAUGCAACACCAAAAUGGCGCACGCAACACCAAAAUGGCGCGUGCAACACCAAAAUGGCUUGUGCAACACCGAAAUGGCGAUGCAACACCAAAAUGGCGCACGCAACACCAAAAUGGCUCAUACAACAUGGAGCGCUACUGCAGUAUAAUCUUGUAUGUAUAUUUAGUUAUUUAGUGUACAGCACGCCGCAAACGAGCAAGCGUUUAUUUUAAGAUCAAGCAAUCAGUUAUUUAUAUAAAGAUGUAAAAUAGCUUUGGCAUCAAAUGUAUUUUUGCAUUGUACAUAGACAGCUAAUUUAGAAAUAGCCAAUCAUUUUUUUUUUGCUGUCGGCAUAACAGAUGACCUGUUCGCGGCUUUUAAUUAUCAAAACGCUCAACAAACGUCUAACAUCUAUUGCUUUUGUAUUAUAUUGUAUUUUCAAUGAUCGAAAACUUUAAGUAGGAGAAGGACGCGUUUCACUUUUUUUCGAGUAUGAUAAAAGCCUCGAAAAUCCCCCAAAGCGGACAAUAUCCUUUAUACCAACAAUAUAACGACGAUAUAUAUAUUUAUACAAUAUAUUUUUAUCUUGUGUCGAUAUCCCCUUCUCUCUUGCUUAUGUCGCUAUGUUGUUUGAAGUCUUAAACACAAGUAAAACUAUGUAUGGUAGGUUUACUAUUGUUAUCAUCUUGGCUUUACAAAACAGGAAACGAGCUAACUUUUAUUAAGAUAGUUCAGGCCCGUAGCCCACACACAACGGCCGCAGGUCCACUUUCGGUUCUCAAUAGACGUGCUAUUUGUAGACAAAUUUGUAGCCAAAUCCGACAAUAAACAUCCAGUGGAGAUACUGCAAAGGCAUAGAAAAUAUAUAUUUUUUUCGGGGGUGUUCAGAUAUUGAUUAGAGAACCCCCCCCCCCCCCCCCAAGAAAAAUCCUGUGUACUGGCCUGAUAGUUGGCUCGUUUCCUGUUUUUUAAAGCCAAUAUGAUACAGGCUUUAAGGCUUUAGCAUUGUGUUCCUACGUUUGUAAAUAAUAAUUGAAUAAAUGGUAGAUAAACAAA